AUGGAUUCCAACGAAAUUGCAGAGCCUAUUGCAAAGGGUAUCAUCCCUACUGCCCGCCAAGCUUUUAAAGAUUUGUUUAUUUGGAAGCAGCGCGUGGAGGUGACAAAUGAAUAUGGCGAGUCUCACGCAGAAUGGCAAGCCCCGGAGCCUAUCCGCAAUCCGGUCAGUCUGUUGAUGCAGCUUUCGGCUCGAGAUUGGCUUUUCUUCUUCAUGGGAUUUUCGGCCUGGACUGCCGAUGCGUUUGAUUUCCAUGCUUUGUCGAUCCAGCAACAGAAGCUGUCGGACUACUAUGGUCGAUCAAAGACGGAGAUAUCAACUGCCAUCACCCUGACGCUCUUGCUGCGAAGUGUGGGUGCCGCAUUCUUUGGACUGGCUGGAGACAAGUAUGGUCGCAAAUGGCCCAUGGUCCUCAACAUGGUCAUUCUUGGUGUGCUCCAGGUCGCGACGAUCUACAGUUACACCUUCCAACAGUUCCUGGCUGUACGGAGUCUUUUUGGUCUGUUCAUGGGUGGUGUUUACGGAAACGCCAUUGCGAUGGCCCUAGAGCAUUGUCCUGUGAAUGCGAGAGGUCUCAUGUCGGGUAUCCUUCAACAAGGAUACUCUUUUGGAUAUGUGCUUGCGGCAUGUGCCAACUUGGGUGUCGGAGGUGAAACAGAAAGCUGGAAGGUCGUAUUCUGGGCUGCAGCGGGCCUUUCUAUCGGAGUGGGUCUUCUUCGAAUCCUAUUCCCAGAAUCCAAGCAAUUCCUCGAGGCCAAGAAGGCAGGCAAGCGAACGAUGACAGCGGCAGAAUUUUCGAGAGAAACUCGGAGCAUGCUGGCCAAGCAGUGGAAGCUGUGUGUCUAUUGUGUCAUUUUGAUGACCUGGUUCAACUACUACUCCCACACCUCCCAAGACUCGUAUACCACCUUCAUGCUCACCGAGAAGGAGCUCAAUAACGCUGGCGCGUCGAGAGCAUCCAUCCUGAUGAAAACCGGAGCUUGUGUUGGCGGAACAAUAAUCGGAUACCUUUCACAAUUCGUUGGUCGGCGUCGCGCUAUGAUUGUUUCUGCUCUGAUGUCCGCAAUUCUGAUCCCUGCAUGGAUCAUGCCUCACGGCGAGCGAUCAUUGAGCGCAUCAGGAUUCUUCAUGCAAUUUUUCGUUCAGGGUGCAUGGGGUGUGAUCCCGAUCCACCUGAACGAACUGUCGCCCCCAGAGUUCCGAUCGACAUUCCCGGGCCUGACAUACCAGAUCGGAAACAUGAUCAGCUCUCCCUCUGCACAGAUCGUCAACGCUGUCGCAGAAAAGACUUGGAUUACGGCAGCAUCUGGUCACAAGGUCUCUGCCUAUGGACCUGUCAUGGGUGUUGCGACUGCGAUCAUCGCUACUGGCAUUAUGGUCACCGCUGCCUUUGGCCCUGAGAAACGUGGUCGCCGAUUUGAAACUGGUAUGGCUGGUGUUGAUGAGGUUGCUUCGACUAAAGCUGCGGACCUGGUGGCUGGAGAUCAUGAGCAGAAGGGAAAGGAGGAGAAAAUAGAAAUGGUCGAUCAGAAGGCUUGA